AUGUCUUGGGCAGGGCCAAACGGCAACAAUAACCCCUUCAAUCGUCCAGGCGGCCCCCAGGGCUUCUGGAACUUUAUCCACUCUCUCGACCCCAACAUGCGCACCGGCGCUGGUGUUGAUCACUCGGCCCCUUGGGCCAAUCUCCCCGCGGGCUUCCCUUUCCACGGCUCCGAAUUUGGCUUCGGCGGCGGCCCCGGCGGAUGGGGUGCAUACGGUGGCUGGGGUGAGCCUCGACGUGGCUUCGGCUACCGUCGCGGCGGCGGACGAUGCGGUCACAGGGGCCACCACGGUUCCCACGGGCGUCACGGCAUGGACGAGGCCGAUGAGGCGAUGCGCGAUACCGAGGAGACCAUGCGUGACGCCGCUGAAGAGAGUGGCGAUAUCUCCGAGAAAGAAAAGGACGACUCGCCCGACACCAUCCGCGAUAUCCCCGACGAGGGCCCCGAGCACGGCCAUCCUCAUGGUCCAGGACGGCGUGGUCGCGGACGUCACGGUCGCGGACCCCCGGAGGCGACCCCUGGCGCCACAGCCGAGGUCAUCCCCACGGUCCCCACGCCUGGUGGCUUCGACUUCGCAAACUUGCAAGAGUGGUUGAACCAGUUCGCAGGUCACCCUUUCGCCCAGCAGAUCCGCGAGUGGGCCACUCGUUUCGGGGGCCUCAAUAACCCUGGCGCGGGCGAUGGUACACGCGGCGGCCCCGACUAUGCCGAUGACGACUCCUCCUUCGCGCCGCCCGUCGACAUCUUCGCUACGGAGAAGUCGUACAUCUUGCACUUCGCUCUUCCGGGUGCCAAGAAGGAUGAUAUCGGCGUCGACUGGGACGCUGAGAAGGGCGAACUUCGCGUUGCGGGCGUAGUUUACCGCCCAGGCGACGAGGACUUCCUCGCGACCAUGGCAUCGAGCGAGCGGAGGAUCGGUAUGUUCAGCCGCUCUGUGCCCCUGCCGCCCCCUGGUUCAGAUAGAGAGGAGAUUGAUGCACUCUCUAUCACGGCCAAGAUGGAGGAUGGCAUUCUCAUCGUCACCGUCCCUAAGCUGGAAAAGGAGUGGACCGAGAUCCACAAGGUCGACAUCGAGUAA